AUGACUCUCGAAACAACAAUGAAACAAUGUACAGAGACGAUCUCGGAUAUAUGGAAUGUGAUCGAGUCUCAUGUGGGACAACCUAUACGACACGAUGAGAAGCUUUGGGGCUCGAAUCUCUGGGACAGAACAGGUCUAGUAGAGGAGGGCAUCAUUGGUGAUGCUAGUCUCUGGACUCGACAAAUCUUGCUUAAUCGACAAACACCAGCUUUGCAUACCGCUUUUGCAACUAUCUUAGGAACAGAAAAACUCUUGAUUAAUCAAGAUCGCUAUGGGAUGUUUCGACCUGCCAAGGAACAUCCAGAACGAGCAACCAUGACCAAUCUUCACUUGGACAUGAAUCCAUGGAAAUAUUUCACAGAUAAGGAUAACUCGUAUCAAAUCGAAGUUCUAACUUCAUUGGACUACGAAGAUGACGAUGAUUGGAUCGUAGAGAAUAAUGAACCUGGCUGUGACACAAUUGGAGAGCGGCAUGUGCAAGGUCUAGUCAAUCUUGCUGAUAAUUUAGAAGAAGAUGGUGUACAAGAAAAAGAAUUCGGAGAAAAACAUUAG